CUGUCACAUCGGUGAUCUGCUGCCAGGAAGGAAAACAAACAAAACAAAACAACUUCAGCCACCAAGGAGGACCACAGAAAGAAGAAAAUUCAAAAUGCGUCAGACACUUGUCACCCUGUGCUUCUGCCUUGUAAUGUCGGUGGAGAGCUACUCGUUCAACCACUGCACAGUAAAGAGGUCCCACAACAACACCUUCAUUACGGCAUCCUGCAUCCAAAUGAACUUUCACGUCGUUCCAAGGGACAUCCCCGACCAAACAAACAAUUUGGACCUUUCUCAAAACACAAUUUCCCAGCUGGUCCGAGACGAUUUCAAGAACCUGAUAUUUCUGAAAGUUCUGAAUGUGUCAGGCAACCACAUCUCGCGGAUGGCCAAUGGCACCUUUAAGGACCUGGUGGCACUCGAGGUGCUGAACCUCUCCAAAAACAACAUCAGCUCACUUUCAGAUGCCACGUUUGAAGGCCUUGCUAGCCUCGUCACGUUGCACCUUGGUGAAAAUCAAAUUCGGAGCAUUGGCCAGGCCAGUUUCCAAGGCUUGACCAGCGUCAGACUCGUCAACUUAAGUUUCAAUGGCCUGUGUGACCUCGAAAGACUGCGGUCGGUCCUAGAAGUCACCCACCUGAGGAAGUUGUACAUCGCAAAUAACAACAUUGGCAGGUUCAGCACUGACUGCUUCCCCAACGCGUCUUUACAGUUAAAUGUUCUCGACGUUUCACGUAACCCUUUAUCCCUUUUCAACGUGAAGGCAAACAGACUUACGAGUCUCCAGACUCUGGACCUCUCAUUUCUGGACUCGACCAAUGGCCUCCAGUGGGAGGUGAGCAGUACGGCUCUUACGCAUACAAUGAAGAGGCUGUACUUGAGCCAGUCCACGAUCGCCGCUCCAGGCCUCCUGUCCAUCCUGCAGACGAUGGUCAACUCCUCUGUAGAGUACCUGAAGGUCUCUCAUUUAAACCUGAGUCAGGUGCCCGAUGUCUUGCAGAAGGUUUGCCUUUGGUUUCCCAAACUGCAGAUUUUAUACCUUCAAGGAAAUAACUUUGUGAGAGUUCAGGGCACCCCGUUUGUAAACUGCACACGGGUUACCAGCUUAGAGUUAUCCUGGAACGGUUUAGAAGAACUCUCGGAAGGCGUCUUUAACGGACUGAAUCAGUUGCGCCGCUUGUUCCUGUCCCAUAAUUUACUCCAAGCCGUCCCCAACUUGAUGGGCCUGGCGACAGGCUUGGAAACACUCGACCUAAGAAACAAUCAGAUUGAAAAAAUUCACCCGAAAGAUUUUGCACAGUUGAGAAAUUUAAGGUACCUGAACCUGGUGGGGAAUAAAAUCACCGCAAUCCAAAGCCAAGACCUUGAUGGUCUUCACCAUCUAGAGCAGCUCAAGCUUGGAAACAACCUCAUUCUCGACAUCCCGGAGCCUUUUUCCAGCAGCUUGCGGAACCUGCGGACUCUUGAGCUUUUUGCUAACAAGAUGAGUGCCCUCAGGAAGGGCACCUUUCGAAAUUUACGCUCCCUCGUAUCUCUGAAAAUGGCCGACAAUCAGAUCUCACAGAUUGAGGACGGUUCAUUCCAAGGGCUUUCCAAGCUGAAGGUUUUAUAUUUAGGAGGAAACAAGAUCGCCAUGAAGAUGCUGAUCACCUGGAAUGUCUUCGGUGGAUUGUCUUCGCUGCGGGAGCUUCAGGUGUUUGACAACGAGCUGAGAUGUGAGAGCGACGACGACUUCCAGCGGCCCCCUUUCUCGGGACUGAAGGAUCUGACCAGUCUUUACUUCAACAGUCAAAGAGAUGAGGGACUGCUGAACCUCCCUGCAAAUUCUCUUCAAGGACUGCCCUCCCUUAAGAGGGUCUAUGCAAACAACCUGAACCUCAACUUCAUCCAUCCCGACACAUUCACCUACACUCCUCACUUACAGUUUUUGGAGCUGACUGGAAAUCCGCUCGGUCAAAUCCAUCCUUCGGUUUUCCACUCAACGCCGAACCUCAGGGUCUUGUACCUGGACAGCACCAGGGUGCAGUCUUUGGACUUCCUCAUCCACACCAACCUCACAGAGCUGCAGAUUCUGACGGUGGCUUCAAAUGAGAUCAGCGCAGUCAAUGAGACUCACAUCCGUUCGCUUCCCAAGCUGAAUCUACUCAGUGCAGAAAAAAACCCGUUCACCUGCAGCUGUGAGAACGCGUGGUUCUUAAACUGGUCCUUAUUGGACCCCCAAGUCCAGGUGACUUUUCUGAAUACGUUCACCUGUUCCCACCCAGCCAAUUAUGUGGGAAUGAAGCUGGUGGACUUCAAAACAGACUUGUGUUUGGUAGACUAUGAAUUUGUGGGCUUCAUCUCCUCAUUUAGCAUAGUGGCUGUGACAAUGGUGGCCGCCAGCGUCUACCACUAUCUCCGAUGGCAGGUCGCCUUUGUGUACUACUACUUCAUGGCCUUCCUGUAUGACCGAAGGCAAAGGGCUCAGCCGCUCCAAGCCUACGAAUAUGACGCCUUUGUCUCGUACAACAGGAACGAUGAACUUUGGGUCCUGAAGGAGUUAAUCCCAAACCUGGAAGAGAAACAAGGUUGGAAGUUGUGUCUCCACCACCGCGAUUUUGAACCGGGCAAGGCCAUCGUGGAGAACAUUGUGGACAGCAUCUACAGGAGCCGCAAGACCAUCUGCCUCAUCAGCCGCCACUUUCUGGAGAGCGAGUGGUGCUCCAGGGAGAUGCAGGUGGCAAGCGUCCGCCUGAUGGAUGAGAAGGAAGACGUCCUGGUCUUGGUGUUUCUGGAGGAUCUCCCUUCUGCUCAGCUCUCUCCCUACCACAGAAUGAGGAAGCUGGUCAAGAGGAAGACCUACCUGAAGUGGCCCCAAAACAGAGAAGAGGAGAACUUGUUCUGGCACAAGCUAAAAACUGCACUGAGCGCCAAGGAGGAACUCUGCAGGGAUCACCCCAUCGCGCUGUGCCUUUGAACAUCUUCUCCUGGGAGUGGGUCAGUUAUCCACAUUUACUUGACGAACACAAUUAAACCUGACGCCAUCACAACGGACAAAACAACAGAGACGUUUGGGUUGGUGCAGUGCAGGAACUUCUUUAAGAACGUUCACCACAAACCUUCAGAAUUCAGCUUACACAUCUGAAGGUCUCCUCAGAAUACGGAAAACGAUCAAAAUUAAAGACGAGCACAAAACAGAAGCGUUAGAUGAGAUCACCUUUAUUUAUCCUGAGGGAAAAUCCAGGGGCACACAGCAGCAGAAGCAUAAAAAACAAGGAUAUGUGAUCACAGGAAAAAGAAUACAGCCAAUCAAUCAAUCAAUCAAUAAGUGUAUAUUGUGUAGAUAUUUCAAAAUCAAUGAGUGAAACACUGAAAUGCCUGCUAGUGGUGGGCAGAAAAGACCCCCAGAGGCGCCUCUUAGCACACCAUGCUGGAAUGAGCUUGUAGCUACAAGUGCUCCAAGAAAGAGCACCACCUGGAGAGCAUUUUCCAUGAUAGCACCCAAUUUUGCCCACUAUUCUCUUUUCUACAACAGCUUCCAGUGCUCCCAGUCCGCCCAGUAGUGAUGGAGCAGACGUGACUGAUAAGUUUGUUCAGGUGUUGUGCUUCUUUUGAGCUCAAGUUGAUUCCCCAAUGCACAACAGACCACAGUGUAGACCACCACACUGGCUACUAUGGACAGGUAGAACAUUUCCAGUAGCUUGCUCCACACAUCAAAAUACAAGAGAGGCUCCUUAGCAGGUCCAGUCUGCUCUGCUUCUUCAUGUAAGGUGCCAGUCCAGUUUGCUGGUACCUGUAGCUCUGCACCACAGUCCUCCCAAUGAAUGGUGACGGGUCUCAGAGGCUCUUUGGCACACCACCAGCAGCUCCUUUAGUCUUCUUGAUGUUGAGCUGCAGGUGGUUCUCCCUACACCACAUGACAACAUAAGACCCCCAGAGGCACCUCUUAGCACACCGUGGCCACAAGUGCUCCAAGACAGCGCCUCCUGGAGGAGAUUUUUCAUGAUGGCAUCCAAUUUUGCCCACCAUCCUCUUUUCCACCACACCUUCCAGUGUGUCCAGGCCUUGUGAUGCUGCAGGGUUUUCUAAAAAGUUUGUUCAGACAUUGUGCUUCUUCUGAGCUCAAGUUGCUUGCCCAGGAGACGAUGGCAUAGACCACCACACUGGCUACUUUGGACUGGUGGAACAUUUCCAGCAGUUUGCUGCACACAUCAAAAGACCUGAGAGUCUCCUUAGCAAGUCCAGUCUGCUCUGGCUCUUCUUGUCCAGCACCACCGUGUGAUCAGACCAGUCCACUUUGCUGGUACUUGUAGCUCUGCACCACUUUCUCGUCCUCGCAGCGAAUGGUGACGGGUCUCAGAAGCUCUUUGGCACACUGGAAGUCCACCAGUAGCUUUUUUUCUUGCUGAUGUUGAGUCCCCCACAAGCCUCCUGUACUCCAUGGACUCGUCUCCAUUAUUAACGUAGCCUAUGAUGGACGAGUCACCUGAAAAGUUGUGAAGGUGACACCUGCUGGUAUUGUGCUGGAAGUCCGUUGUGUGGAGGGGUGAACAGGAAGGCAGACAUGACAGGUCCCUGAGGUGGUCCACUGUUACACACCACCGUUUCUGACACACACAGAGACCCUCGGGCUCACCAGCUGCUGUCUGCCAGUCAGGUACUCGAUGAUCCAGGAGACUGGGGGGCCAUCAAGAUGCAAAGCCUUGAAUGUUGACAACAGCAUCAUCUGCAUAAAUAAAUCUGCCAGUCUGUUGAAUUUUAUUUGCCCAUUUUGCCCCUCAUUUGACCCCUCAGAUCCCAUCUUAUCUGUUUGUUUAUGUUUGUUUGCUUGUCAACCACACAAAAAAUGCCUGAAUUGAUUUUCACAGAAUCUUGCAUGCAGCUUACCAUUGGUUCAGCUUAAAUCCUAGGCAUUGUCGAUAGGGGGCAUUGCAGAACCCCGGACCCCAAAUGCAACCUCACAGACUCAAUUCCAAGGUGCAAAUAUAUGUUUUUUUUUUAUUAUAAAUUACGUUACAAAAAGGCUUCUUUCAAUAAAAAAUAACACAAA